AUGGAAAAUUACAUUGUGUUUGACUCCGGCAUCACCACUUCAGACCGUAUCGUUCUGGAAGAUUUGGUAUCCGAUAUCAAGCAAUUCGGCCAAUCACGAGCUCGGGGGAAAAACAAGCCUGAUGGGGACGGUGCGGCGACCAAGUCGGCGCUGGCUACUCUUGAUGAAUUGAACAACCCCAAGAGUCCAGCAUUUCAGCCGACAGUUUUCACGAGCAAAGAUUAUGACCAGCUGCACUCUGGUCGGCCUUUCAGGAAUUGGCUCCUGCAAACUUAUGUCGGGAUGGCUCAGUCGAUUGUGCGAUUCGAGUCAGACGUCGUCAUGCUGACCCAUUUGCUCCUCUACUUCACGACCACGGUCCCCAGCGCAUUGUAUCUCUUCUUUUGGCAUUUUACUUGGCUUCACGGCCUGGCGCAUUUCAUGAUGCAGAUUUCAUACAUGGGGACGUACACUCUGAUGAUGCACCAGCAUAUCCAUAUGCGAGGGAUUCUCAAGAAACGCUUCGCCCUGUUCGACUACCUGUUUCCCUACAUCACCGACCCACUGAUGGGUCAUACAUGGAACUCAUACUAUCAUCACCAUGUUAAGCAUCAUCACGCGGAAGGCAAUGGUCCUCAAGAUCUCUCCUCGACUAUAUACUAUCAGCGCGACAGCAUUCGUCACUUCUUGCUUUAUUCGACACGAUUCGUUUUCUUCGUAUGGCUUGAUCUGCCGAUCUACUUUUUGAGAAAGAACAAACGCAUACUCGCAGCUAAAACAGCAUUCUGGGAAUUGUCAAGUUAUACAGUAUUAUAUGUCGCAUACAGGCUGAAUCCGAAGCCUACUCUUUGUGUCUUCAUAUUUCCUCUGGUACUGCUUCGCCUCGGUCUCAUGUUUGGAAACUGGGGACAACACGCUUUCGUCGAUGAGGAAGACCCUAGCUCAGAUUAUCGAUCUAGCAUCACUCUGAUAGACACGGCAAGUAAUCGACAUUGUUUCAACGAUGGGUACCAUACUUCGCAUCAUCUCAAUCCUCUGCGUCAUUGGAGGGAACACCCAAACUCGUUCAUCAAGAGCAAGGCGCUAUACGCAUCUCAGGAUGCGCUUGUGUUUCACAAUAUCGACUAUCUCAUGAUUACUAUUCGACUCUUGCAAAAGGAUUACAAGUGUUUAGCGCGGUGUAUGAUCCCGAUAGGUGAGAGGCAGCUCUCCAUGAGCAUGGAUGAGCGCAUAGCCUUGCUCAAAAGACACACACGAAAGUUUACCCGAGAAGAGAUUGAAGUGAAGUUUCGGCGACAAUCUCAACGGUAG